AUGGCAUUGCCUAUAAAACACGUUUCAUUUAUCUUGUUGCUUUUAGCUUCUAAUUUGCUUGAGUGUCAUGCUAAUUAUACCCAACACGCUUUGGGCCGUCAUUUCCAUUCUGUAGCACAUAAUAUUAUUAAACAUCAUAAACCAAAAUUCAAGCCUGGUCCUUGGAAGAAGGCUCAUGCCACAUUUUAUGAAGGAAACUCUGCAACAUUUGGUGGAGCUUGUGGUUAUGAAGAUAUUGGCAAAGAAGGAUAUGGUAUAGGUACAGUAGCAUUGAGCACACCUUUGUUUAACAAUGGACAAAUUUGUGGUGCUUGUUAUGAGAUUAAAUGUAUUGAAAAUCCCAAGUAUUGCCAUCCGGAACAUUCUCUCUUUGUCACAGCAACCAACCUUUGCCCACCAAAUUACUAUCUAGCAAGUGACAAUGGAGGAUGGUGCAAUCCACCUCGUGAACAUUUUGACAUAGCCUAUCCUGCAUUUAAUGAAAUUGCUGAGUACAACGCUGGCAUUGUCCCAAUUGAUUAUCGCAGAGUUCCAUGCCAAAAGCAAGGAGGGAUUCGAUUUACAAUAACUGGGAAUCCGUACUUCAAUUUAGUCUCUGUAUGGAACGUUGGAGGGGCCGGAGAUGUGGUUAGGAUGCUAGUGAAGGGUAAUAAGAAGUUGAAAUGGACUGUAAUGACAAGAAAUUGGGGUCAAAAGUGGCAGACCAAUGCAAUGAUGGUUGGAGAGUCUCUAACUUUUCGAGUUAAAGCAAGUGAUGGUAGAACCUCAACCUCAUGGCAUGUUGUGCCCACCAAUUGGCAAUAUGGUCAAACUUUUGAGGGCAAAAACUUCAAGUAG